AUGAAUGUCGUCUGGACUACGUUCAGCAGUGAUUCUUCGACCGUUAACUACGGCACGUCACCGUCUUCUCUAAAGUUCUCGACGACAGGCUCGCAAAAAGAAUGGCGAUCCGGCAGUAUCACUCGGUAUUCACACCGAGCACUUAUGAAAGAUCUUCUACCUAGCACAACUUACUGGUACAAGAUCGGCUCCCGUACGUUCCAGUUCAAAACCUUGCCAGAAAACCCGAAAUCAUAUAGGGUGUGCGUUUUUGGCGAUCUGGGAUACUAUCAUGGCAACUCCACAGACAGCAUCAUUCGUAACGGAUUAUCCGGCAUGUUCGAUUUCAUCGUUCACGUUGGUGAUAUAUCCUACGAUCUCCAUUCUGAUGACGGCAAAACUGGUGACAAGUUCAUGAAUCAACUGGAACCGCUGCUGUCUCGAAUCCCUUACAUGGUUAUCGCCGGAAAUCAUGAAAACGAUGGCAAGAACUUCACAAACUUCCAAGAACGCUUCUGGAUGCCUCAUAACGGAUACCACGACAAUCAGUUCUACAGCUUCGAUCUUGGACCUGUACACUGGGUGGGAUUGAGCACUGAAUAUUACGGCUACUAUGACACUGUUGGGAAAGGACCGUUACUCACUCAGUACAGUUGGCUACAAAAGGACCUCGCAAUACGAGUUGGUCACAACGACUUGCCAGGUCUCGAAUCUUCAUUUAUUCAGUAUGGUGUUGACUUAGGAUUUUGGGGACACCAACAUUUCUACGAACGUUUCUAUCCUGUGGCAAAUAAGAAGUAUUGGGAUUCGCCCAACUGCUAUCACAACGC